AUGGUUCCUGAGAUCCCUCUGCGCCCCAUAGUUGCCUCUCGAGGUUCCCCCACCUACAACACAGCCCAACACCUAGCCAAAAUCCUCAGACCCUUGGUGGGUCACUCACCACACCAUGUGUGCAACUCUUCCCAGUUUGUCAGCAUCACCAGAAACCUCACCGUCCAACCCACUGACUUGCUUGUCAGUUUUGAUGUCGUCUCACUCUUCACCAAUGUCCCCACAGGCGAGGCCUGCAAACUAGCUAAGGAAAGACUUGAACAUGAUACCACUCUUGCUGAACGCACAGACCUGUCCCCCGACCAAAUUCAUGAUCUGUUACUAACAUGUAUCUCUUCCAGUUGUUUUCAGUGGCAAGGCAAGUUCUACGAGCAAACGGCUGGGACCUCCAUGGGAUCUCCUUUAUCCCCGGUCCUAGCCGACAUCUUCAUGGAGGAGUUCGAGUCUUCCUCCCUCCUCACAGCGGAUCUUCGGCCGAGCCUGUGGCUACGCUACGUUGAUGACACCUUCGUAGUGUGGCCCCAUGGCCCGGACACACUCCAAGACUUCCUCCAGUACCUCAACCAGCAACACACCAGCAUCAGCUUCACCAUGGAACAAGAACAGCACGGCACCAUACCUUUCCUGGACGUCAAGAUCUCCAGGAAUCCGGAUGGCACCCUGGGACAUAGCGUCUACAGGAAACCAACCCACACCGACCGCUAUCUCCACCAAUGA